UCUGCCUGAUUGUUUAGAAGUAAAUCCAUAUCCAAUUUCCUUUUAAUGUCUGAGCCCUAACAAGUUUGGCUAGAAAGAGAUCAGCAUCUCAAAGGAGCAUGGGAUUUUAUUUUUGGGGCUCCUUCCUGUUCCUUUUACUGGUUUGUUGCUGUCAGUUAUCACUUCUACUACUAAAAACUUCAUAUAUUCACACAAAAUAUGCCUCUCUAGACUUUCACAACAAUAAGCCCUAAAUAGUUACUAGUUAAUGUUCAGCAGCUGCUAAAUGCCUCUUCUGAGAGGGUUUUAUGUACUUCUUUAACCUUGCAUGGUUAUUGGGACAGUUUAUAACAUAUAUAAACAUAUACUUACAUUACAAGGUUAUUGCGGACUAAGGAUACAUAUGAGCGAACCAGCAGCUGGUUUAACUGUGCACUUCUGAAGCCGUAGAAGCUUAGAAAAUAAAUACAAGCCUCUGAAUGAUUGCUAAGCUGUAGUCUGUGAUCCAUGAAGAGCUGGCAAGCCACAUGGUGUCGACUCCUCUCUUCUAGCUGCAUCUGUGUGUGUCUGAGGCCUUUGUUCCAAGAGGAGCUAGGAGGCCUGUAAAAGCAGCUGGAAAUGAGAGGGAGACAGCCUGUAUACCUCUGCUGCAACCUACUGUUUCCAGAAAAGAUGCACCAUCCUCAUUUCCUUUCCUAAGAAGUGACUUCUGUAAUUGAGAAAAAGAGGUAUUUCUGGGAAAAGCCAGCUUCUGUUUGCACUGGUCUUCACUACCCGUUAUCUGGACCUCUUCACUUCAUUCAUUUCAUUGUAUAACACAUCUAUGAAGCUUAUCUACAUUGCUUGCUCAUAUGCCACUGUAUAUCUGAUCUACAUGAAAUUUAAGGCCACGUACGAUGGAAACCACGAUACGUUCAGAGUGGAGUUUCUGGUAGUCCCUGUUGGUGGACUUUCAUUUCUUGUCAAUCAUGACUUCUCUCCUCUGGAGAUCUUGUGGACCUUCUCCAUCUAUCUUGAAUCAGUUGCUAUUCUCCCUCAGCUUUUUAUGAUCAGCAAAACUGGGGAAGCAGAGACCAUCACUACUCACUAUCUUUUCUUCUUGGGUCUGUACCGUGCCUUGUACUUAGUCAAUUGGAUUUGGCGCUACUAUUUUGAGGGAUUUUUCGACCUCAUAGCUGUUGUUGCUGGUGUGGUCCAGACCAUUCUUUACUGUGACUUCUUCUAUUUGUAUGUUACAAAAGUACUCAAGGGAAAGAAGCUCAGUUUGCCAGCGUAAGUGCCAAAAAAAACGUCGCCAGCAUCUGUCCUUUUGGAUGCUUGGACAGAACAAUCCUUAUCACAAGCAAAGGUGAAGAUGCUUGAGACAGAAAGUCAGAAACACAGCUCUUUGUAGUGCAGGUAGUCAUCAGCGGCUCUGUAAGAACAGAGGAAAAACAACCAGCAGAUUUCUGUUUGAUGCAUCUUGCCUUUAUCUUUUUUAUUACUAUGUAUAAAGAUUUUUUACAUAAAGAAACUUAUACUGUAUUAAUGAAUUCAGUGUAUAGUUUCAAUUGGAAUAGUUCAAAAAGUGAGAUUUUUGUGAGAUUGUUAAUGACCAGGAACAAGUGCAAACUUUUUUUUUUAAUUUUCAAGAAUUUCUUUGAAAUGACUUUUUUUUUUUCAGUGCACAAAUGUGUGCAUCCUUGAUGGAUGGUAGUCAUCUAUUCUUUCCCUUUUGAUUCAAUUUUCAUUCCACUAUAUUUAUUUUUUCCAAAAGGUGAAUAUACGUCAACUUAAAUCUGAAACCACCAAUGUUUGAUGUGACGUGCUGGUGCUCAGUCUUUGUGCCCUCUGCUGACGUGGAGUUCCUUAUUUAAAAUGUGUGUCGGUGCCAGAAGGGGAACAGUCACACUUUGUCAGGUGUUUCCCUCCCAAAACAGGAUGAUGGCAAGAGGACAGUAAGGAAAUCACUCUUGUGGCCACAAGGAUGUGCCCUGUCCUGUGCUGCCAUGAUAUUUGGGAAGGUAAUCCCAAUAAUAAAAGCACUUGGCAGUGCAGGUUGUGAAGGAUAAGAGUUAUGGUUAUGCUGUUUAGUGGCAAAUGUUUGUGACUGUGUUCUUCGUUCAGGAAAAGAAGGUUAAAUAUCUUGGAUGUACAGCCGUACUAUAUCACUGCAGCUGUAGAAAUGGGAGACUCGUAAGUUGUUGAUUACAGUAAUCUGUAGGUGAUCAUUUUAAAUAAUGUCUACACUUUUUUUUAAUGAAUGCUUUAUAAGCAACAUCCAUGUUCAGCUUCAAGUGGUUUUUGAUGUCACUUUUGGAUAAUAUUUUUUAUAAACUUUUCAAAAUCAGCAGCACCAGUUACCAUUCUUUGUCAUUUAAAUGAUUCCUUUUUUUUUUUUAACUGAGCUGUUGCAUGAUUUAUCCUGUGUUACCAUCCUCAAUAAACAUUUUACGAAACAGUGAAAA